CCUCACUACGCUGGCUUGGCAGAUAUCACAGUCACGGACAAUACACCUCCUGAGGUCGCCCUCAAUCAUGGCCCCCAUUAUCCUCAACGCCGUCCUUGCCAGCAGCGCAACAGCCAUACCCCCGCCCCAUUGUUGAUGGGUCAGAUAGGCGCGUUCGGCGAGGUUUCAGUGUAAACAUCUACCCUGCCCAUCUAGUGUAUCAGCUCUAGCGUAGCCUGCUGGGCGCCAGACCUCCAGAGUUUUGCAGUAUUUCUUUCCAUCGACAGUUGCGACGAGUCACUGUCGCCUCGCCGUCUUAUCCGAGCUGCGUGCCACCGCACACGAACAGUAAGUAAACGGUCAUCAUGCCCGACGGCAUUACAUCAUCUCUGGCCAGCGCACCCGAGCAGCACAGCACAGGGGAAAUCGGCAACAAGGACGAUGCAGAGAACGGCAGCAAUGACGCCAGCGUGCGAAACGCCCAAAAGGCCUUCAUGUACACCAGCUGGCCGAGCAAGCCGCGCUCCGAGUGGACGCGCGCGCAGCGCUUCAUCGCCUUCCUCGACGUCUUACCCAACUUCCCCGGCAAGAAAGCAGCUCCGAUCAAAAAGAAGGACGACCCCGUGCCUGUGUGGACGUUCUGGCAGCAGCAUGCCCAUACGCUCCCCUGGGCUGUUGCGCCCGUGCUGAUGCACUGGUCGUACAUGAAGUUCACAGGUGCUACCCUCCACCCGAUCGCUGCGUACGUUCUGUACACAGCCGCCUAUAAUGGCCUGUCGGUGUGGAGCACACAAAAGGUCAACAAGUUUGCGAUGAAGUACGGCUUCCUCGACGGCAACGCUCCGCGCGACGGCGUUCCAGACGACAAGGAUUGGCACAUCCUGUCCGAGGUGCUCAAAGUCGUCCUUCUCCGUCCCCUCAUCGGGCUCUUCCUCAUCUACGACCGUAACGAGCUCCCCAGCGUUACCUGGCUGGUGCCUGUCAAGCUCUUCCUCUGGUCGAUCACCCUCGAUUUUUGGUUCUAUUGGUACCACAGGGCGAUGCACGAGGUCCCUGCGCUGUGGAAGUACCACAAGACCCACCACAUGACGAAGCACCCUUCCUCGCUGCUCUCCGCGUUCGCAGACACGGAGCAAGAGAUUUUCGAUGCGUACAUCGUGCCCUUUCUCACGUAUCUCGUCAUGCUCAAUCUCGGCCCGCUCAGUGUGACGUACGCCGAGGCAUUUAUCUGCAUACAAUACGUCAUUACUGCUGAGAGCGGCGGCCAUUCUGGCGCCAGAAUCUACGCCUCGUCACCGUGCAACAGCAUCAUCCUGCGCCCGCUCGGCAUGGAGCUCGACCUGGAGGACCACGACCUACACCACCGCCAUGGAUGGAAGCACUAUGGCGGCAACUACGGCAAGCAGACGCGCCUCUGGGACGUCAUCUUUGGCACCAGCAAGCCGCGCAUCGAGACGGUCGACAAGAACAUCGAUUGGAGCUGGAAGGUCAGCUUGCCGUGAGACAGAUGAAGAACAAGAGGUGCCAGCGUCGGUCGUUGCUAUUAAUUGAAGAAGGCCGAUGGAGAAAUGAUCCCCUCGUGGCACGCACGCCUCGACCCUCUUCCAGUCAUGUAUAUGUCCGAGUACAUUCCCGGAUAGUUUAUCAGAAUCGAACAGCUUCUUUGCUUCG